AGUGCUGGGGGGACAAUUUGCAAGUACUACCACCUCUAGUAUCCGUCGGACUAAGCCUCCAGAAGGAGGGGGGUUAUGGAAUAGUACAAUCGAGUCCCAAAACGAAAAGGAAAAAAAAAAAAAAGACUCGAACAUAACAAGAAGCAUGAUUCGAGAGGAGACGGACGGGCUCGGACAUUCACGCCCUAGGAUGUCUCGAUUUCGUUUCAUCCUGCAAGACCAUACGGAUACGACUCAAAAGUGGUUUAUCAUUUUCACUAGUAGCCCUUUUCGUCUUUUUUUUUUUUUUUUCGUCUGGAGUCGGAAUCGAGCUAGAGGGGUGUAUUCGAAAGUAUGUGCUACGACGACUACUAGGAGCCUGUUUGGCAAUGGCGGCGGCAGAGGCGGCGUUUUGUGCAGCGGCAGCGGCGGCAUUACUAAUGUGCCAAGAAAAUGAGACGUCUAAGUGUGUGGCCAUGAGUUUUUUUUUUCAACCUGGUAGAAUGAGACUGUCAAAGGGGACAUUGCGUUAUUGGGCUGAGACAAAAGGGCACAGGCGAGUAA